AUGAGUCACAAUGUGCCGAAGCCACGGAGGGUUCCGCUGGAACCCGCGUUUGAGACGUCUAACGGCCUGCGCUGGCUAUUUGUAUCCAACGGAUACAGAGCCUUUAGACUAAAGACAUUCGGAGUCGUUCAAAUGCCUUUGUAUACUCCUUUGGGCUCGGGUCAGUACGGAAGGGUUUUCGAGGUGCAGCCCGCCGACUCCUGUGAGUUGUCCGCUGUUGUUGGGAGAGGGCGCCAGUUCGCUGCCAAACUUCUUUUCCUUCCGGAUUUCGAAGCAGAAGGGAUUACGACCGACGUCAUUCGCGAGACCAACUUCUACAAUGAGUUCAGUAUGUCGGAGUACGAAAACAAUGAGUUUCCCAAUUUCCCGUCUUUUUUCGGCUGCCGGUCGUGCCUCGAAGUCUCCGCAGAGUUUGCGGAAGGCUAUCUUGGAGGCGUCCGACAUUGUGGAGUUCUGAUCGUGGAGAAAUGCAAGUCUGACUUUGGCCAGUACAUCAAACGACUCUGGGCAGAGAAGCGCAUGACCAUCUCUGCGCUGAAAUUCUACGUCUGGCAGCUACUAAACGGCGUGGCUAAGCUCCACAGUCAAAAUAUCGUCCAUCGUGACUUGAAGCCUGAAAACCUGCUUGUGGAUACCGCGAAGGUUCCGGAUGGCGAUUAUCUUUAUGAAGAAGGGGUGUCAAUUGUGAAAAUCGCUGACUUUGGAAUGGGGCGCAAGGUGCGCUGGGAACUGAGUCAGCAAUGUGCAGGGUCCGUCGCUCCUGUAAGCCUAUCCUACGAGCAGCCGGUCGCCGCCGAGAACAAUUCUCCUCAAUCUGGGCUGAACGGCAGAGGCGGACGAGCGCUAAUACCCCCAGGAUUCAGGAUUAACGAUACAGGAUGCAUGAGGCAGACAGGGCAUGUGAUUACACUGCCUUACCGCCCACCGGACCUGCUGGUGGCGGACCCCAAGCGAUACAACAGCGCCAAGAGUCUGGUGGCUGACUACGGCCUUCGAUGCGACAUGUGGUCUCUAGGAGUGAUAAUACUAGAGAUGUGCCUUCCGCAGCAUGUCGUUAGACCACCCUACAGGUGGCAGUAUGCUUUUGUCACGCAUGACGCUCGAAAAGCGUCAUAUCAGAUGGAAGUGAUGAUUUUGGAGAAUAUCUUCAAGAUUACCGGCCGCCCGGCGGCGGCAGACUUGGAGUCGGUCACCAGAAGCUCGGGCUGGCAGCAAGCCGUUCUAACGAAGUUUCUUAGCUCAUUUCCGCAGUUAGACUUGAACAUGAAGAAGCUUUCAAUAAAUGACUUCAUUCUGGAACGAGGUGGCUUGCAACUAGACGAACUGGGGCUGGACCUUAUUGCACGGUUGCUGCAGGUGUCUCCAACCAAACGACUAACCGCCGAAUGCGCCCUCGCACAUCCGUGGUUCCAUGACAUGCCUUACCAGCAGAUGAACCGGCUCGGCCUUAUUUCUCAUCUGGCAGAACUGGGAUCGGUUAACGUCCGCGGAGCGCUGCCGAACUCGCUUCGGCUCUGCAUAGCGUGGUGGGAGUCGACAGGCCGCUCAGUGGCCCACACGCAAUUUGCGAUGCACGGAAUGCUGCACCAGAUGCUUUUACGACAGGAGCAGGAGCAUCUGAGAACGCAGCAGCAGUACAUGGAUCGGCAGAUCCGUCGUGUGUGCUCACGCGACGGCCGGACUGUUGUCGAGCAUGGUACACCUCGAAAGGAUCCGCCGGCGAAGGACAAGCCUACAGCAUCUUCUUCGUCUGCGACAUCGGCAUCUCUUCAGAAGCAGAGUUCCUCAUGCUCCAGUCCUCAGUCGGAGACGAAUCAGCGUGACGGAGUGCACCACGCUACAAUGGAGAGGGCAGAAGUUUUUGAGCUGUGUGUGACAGAAACUCGACAAUGUAGUAGCGCUUGUAGUGAGUCUAGCGGCGGACUCCCUAGCUCGCAGCAUGUCAUUCAUGCUCUACACCAACAGCAGCAAAGGACGAUACAUCCGACGGGGGCUGAAAGUGAUGAUGAAGUCAUCCGGAGUCCGUUAAGGCGGCAAAUCCAGCCCUUCACAUCAGCGUGCAGUUCAACGUCUUCGCUGCCUCUUCCACUUUUUCCAGUUCACACGCGCAGCUCACAUACGACAGCUGCGAAUGGAAGGAAUAGUCGAGGUCGAUCGCGCGACGGGUUGAGGUCUCAGCCAGGUGUAGAGAACAAGAAAGAGACAGUGAAGAAGUCGAAUCAAGUCUCUCAGGGAAAUAAAACGGAGCAAGAGCAUCGUAACUCUGACAGUGUGGACUCGGUGAAAGAGAAGCCGGAGUCUGCGAUGGACUCGGAGUGUGGUAACGCUGCGCCACCUGAGCCUUCAGCCGAAAGAUCUGCCCGUGACGGCAAGCGCCUGAAGUCUUGGCAUGACCAAAAGUGUGCCGGGCGGCAGAACCCGCAUCAAAAGAACGCAUAUUGA